AACAAGUUCCUUUCAUGGUGUCAUAUCCGUCGUUUACGAGGUGGUUUGACGUACACAGUUGGCAACAUAAAUGUUGGGCAGCAGACUAGCAGACGACCGUUUCCACUAAACAAAACAAAUCAGAAGACGCUCCUCUAUUCGACUCUUUAUUCAUAGGGAAGGUUCAGCCCUUUGUCAAGCGAAUUGUGUACCAGAGCACCAACAUGAAUCGAAUCUUUGGAAGAGGAAAGCCAACGGAACCACCACCAAGCAUCACCGAUUGCAUUGCUGGGGUGGACGGUCGUGCAGACUCUAUUGACAAGAAAGUUCAACGUCUUGAGCAAGAGCUUGUAAAGUACAAGGAUCAAAUGAAGAAAAUGAGAGACGGGCCUGCGAAGAAUGCUGUCAAACAAAAGGCCCUGCGUGUAUUAAAACAAAAAAAAAUGUAUGAAUCUCAGUCAGAUAAUUUAAGGCAGCAAGCUUUUAACAUGGAACAGGCUAACUAUGCAACCCAAACUUUGAAGGAUACUCAUUCAACAGUCAUUGCUAUGAAAGCAGGAGUGAAGCAAAUGCAAAAAGAGUUCAAGAAAAUCAAUAUAAGUGAAAUAGAUGAUCUUCAAGAUGAUAUGGCAGAUAUGCUUGAAAUGUCAGAAGAAGUUCAAGAAGCAUUGGGAAGAUCAUAUGGCACUCCUGACAUUGAUGAAUCUGAAUUGGAGGCUGAGCUUGAGGCACUUGGUGAUGAAAUUGCCUUGGAUGAUGAUACUUCGUACUUAGAUGACGCUGUGAAAGCUCCAACUGCCCCUGACCGUGAACCAGGUGCAGACAGUGUGGAUGUAACAAAUAAGGAUGGUGUGCUGGUUGAUGAAUUUGGGUUACCAAAGAUUCCACAAUCUCUAAAGAGUUAAAAUAAAAGAACAAAAACUCAACUCAUGUAUCUGUGCAUAUUUUCAAAGUACCAUAUUUGAAACAUCAAAAUAAAUUUACAGGUUGUCCUAAAAUUUCCUCUCAAGUCCAUAUUUUAACAAAUUCUUUCAUGCCGCUUUCUGGGGCUGCCUUCCUGAUCGAGCACAAAUGCUUAUGUGACUUGAGUAAAUUACCAGAUGUUUCUUGCCUCUAUUGUACAACAUAAUAUAUUGCUUGAGCACCAUUAUGUUUGUUUCACUGCAGGUUUUUCUGUGGUUGUCAGGAAAAAUAUUUUGAAUCAUUUCAAAUCAAGUGAACUUAUAUUUAUUUGCUCAUCAUUGUUACAAAUUAUGUGUUGAGUGCUACUCUGUGAUUAUUUAAGUCUCUUUCUUACGUAUGUAAUUUUACACUCCUUUUAAGCCAACUGAACGAUUGAUUAAAAGUUGCUUGUGUGUCCAGGGAGGCUCACUCUCUCUCAGACACUACUUGGAAUGGAAUAAAUAAAUCUGGCUUCCCCAGCAAAAAUUG